AUGAACGAAGAGGGCUUGCCCAUCAUGGAAAUUAGAGAAGAGUUACCACCUAUAGAUGAGAAAGAAGAAGCCUUGAAACAAAAAAAGCUACUGGAAGAAAAGAAAAAGGCGCCUCAACCGCCUUCAAAUCAACUCCCAGAAUCUGUGUUGCGUGCACGUAAAAUGAUGGCAGAGGCAGAUGAGAGAAAGAAAAAGGCGGACAAGAACGACGAAAAUAAAGCUUUGUUUGAUCUAUUACGAGAAUUGGAAGAGGAAGAAGAGGAAGAAGAAGAAGGAGGAGGCGCAAGUACAAAGCAGAUGGGCUCUGCUGCUGCUGCUGCUGCUUCUGCUGCUACAGAAAAGAAGAAAACGACGCCUCCAAUCGACGAAGACAGUGAUGAAUUGACCGAUGAUUUUAGCGACGAUGAAGAGGAUGAAGACGACGAUCGCUACGAUACCGAGAUUUCAGACAACAUGUUUGAUCGAUUUGGAGAUGACGAGCAAUAUCCUUUGGAUGGCGUUGUGGAUCAGGAAGACUUUACUUGCUAUGACGAAUUGCCUCCACAAGUGCCUCCCGCUGCUACUUUGAGAGAGAUUGCCGAUGACGAAGACACAGAAGAGUAUGAAAAGAGCACGCCCAAAGUCAUUACAAAGAAGAAGGUCAAGGAAUCCAUUGAACAGCCUGUUGCUGCUCCUGCUGAAACCCCAUCAACUGCCCCCAAGAAAAUGUCAAAGUUUAAGCUUGCUCAACAGGAAAAGAAGAACAGCAUUGCAGCUGUCAAAGAGUCAUCGCCAUUAGCACAAGCGCCCAUCACUGAAUCAGCAACACCCGCUCUUGUCGAACCAUCCAGCAAUGAAACUCCCAAAAAGAAGUUUUCAAAAUUCAAAUUGCUGCGUCAAGAACAAAAAGACAGACCCUCAACAUCUGCCACACCCACUGCUACUCCUCCUGUGUCCAACGCACCUGUCAAGGAAUUAGUUACUAUCCCUUCUGUUGCGGGGACAACUCAUUCUCCAGCCACCGCCACUGCAACCCCAUCCGAGAAGAAGACGUCAGAAGAACAAGAACAAGACGAGCAACUGAUGCGUACAGAGAGCAAAAAGGUCAAUCAAGGUAUUCCCCAGGUGGCCUCUGUCAGUAGCCAUAAGCCUAGAAAAAUGUCUCGAUUUAAGCUGCAAAGAGCCCAAUCCAAGCCAGACGUGAAGGAGCCUGCUACUACCACAGCUCCCCCCUUGGCUGCUGAUCGUAUCAAACCCAAGCGAUCCGUUACUUGGGAUGCCAAUACAGACGUCCGUGAUCAUGAUUAUACCUCUGCACCAUCCGUUGUCGCUGAAACAUUGAGUUACACCCAACCCAUGAAGACGGAUGCCAAAAAAUCAACUGUAUUAAAACAAAAGAUAAGAUCUCCUGCCGACAUAUUCAACGCGAUCAAGCACACGCAAGGCGACAUGGUCGAUGACUAUCCCUCGCUUGACGACGAUGAGGACGCUGCAAGUGGAAAUCAAGUCGAUUUGAAUGAACUGAUCAAAGUGGCUCGUGAUAGAUCGGAAGCAUUUUAUCGACCCAAUGACGGUAGUGAAGCAUUGAUACCCAUGGUGAAGCAAUACAAUGAUGAUGAUGAUGAUGAUGAAGAAGAAGAAGAGGAAAAGCCCAAUGGGAUCAUUGUAGCCAGAAAGAAUAAGCUAGACAACAAGAUCAUGAAGGGAGCUGUCAUGGAACGAGACAUUGCACCUGUGGAUCUGGAGCAAGUCGAGGAUGACAUGGAUUUGAAAGAAAUCACCUCUAGCUACCAACAAAAGAGACAGAGCAUGCUUGCAGCUACUGGCGGCUUUUCUUUUGCGACAAAGCCUGAAUUUGAGGUCAUUGAAGAGGACUUGCCAUUGCCUAAAAAGAAGCAGCAACAGCAAGAAGAAGAGGAAGAAGAGCAGCAAGAAGUGGCACCCAAAAAGAUGUCCAGAUUCAAGGCAGCAAGAUUAGGCAUGAGAAUGGAUGCAACCGAAGAUAAUUAUUAUUAG